CUCCAAGCAAAGAGCCAAAGGAUGCAUUUGUCUCCUUAAUACUCACACUCCCCACAGUGGGAAAAAGGUGAACGAACCUCUCUCUUCCUUUUCCUAUCUGUCCUCCAAAUUCCACCACUUUCUUGAAUUUCUUUCCCAACAAAGUUGAGUAAGAUCCCAUUUAGGAUCCUCCUAAAUUUUACAUUUCCAUUCUCCACCGCAAUUAGUUCGAAACCCAUUCAAAAAGUCAAUCCCUUUAUUGAUAAUUCACCAAUUCAAUUUAAAAGCAUCACUGCUCUUCUACAAAUUCAGCACAAAUACCCAUCAUCUACCCAUUCACAUUCUCUCUACUUCUUUAAGCAAACACUAGCUCAAAUUAUACCCGCUUCAGGAAAUAUGAAAUCUUUUAAUGGGGUUGCUGUUUCUCUCAUUUUUCUACUCUUUUCAGCUACUGUAAUCAGUUACGGUGGAGCAAGCAUAAUGCAUGUAAAUGGGUCGGCUUCAGAGGAGUUGGUGCCGUUUUUGGAGGAGAAGAUGUUUGCUAUGGUGAAUGAAAGCAGAAGAAAGCUGGGGAGUUUUCAGAUAUGUGCCCCUUGCACUUGCUGUGGUGGUGCCAGGGGCAUUUGCUUGCCAUCCCCUUGUUGCUAUGCCAUCAAUUGCAACAUUCCCAACCGGCCUUUUGGGUUCUGCUCCUUCACUCCGAAGACCUGUAAUUGCUUUGGAUGCCAUCUCUAGUUAAUCCCUCUUCAUCUGCAUUGAUAAAUUGGUUUCUUUAAUUUAGGGGUAAUCUUGAUUCUGUUGAAAUUGUGAAAGGGAAGAGAAAAUCUGUUCUUGAUUUGUUUGUUUAUAGUUUUUUAUAAUUUAUAUGUUAAAAUUUAAUAUUGGGUUAGGAGAUCACUAUUUUGGGGUUAGGUUUUGGCUAUUUCCAGUGGGAUUUGUCCAUAAUUUUUGUUUCAGGAUGUAGAAGUUCCUGGAUAUAGCAAAAAAAUGAAGAUAGUUGAGGAAACAUUUCACCUUCUUGAUGAAGCUACUGGGAUUCAUGAUAAGAUAUUCUUAUCUUUAGAAUAUAGUAAUGUUAGUAUGCAGUAUGUCCUCUGUGUGACUCUUGACAAAGAUUUAAGAUGUCUAUUAUAUAAUUGUUCUGCUAGUGCUUCUUUGUUGCAUUGUUUAUUGUAUCAGUGGGUGUAAUGCAGAUAGCAGCUGGAAACAUCCAGUUAUAGACUUCUUAUUUUAAUGUCAAUAUGGCUUUUGUCCAUAAUUUGUUGCUUACUUUGGUCUUUAUCUCGAUUUGUGCUACAUUUCUGAUUCUUAAACUAUAUAUAAUCACACAUCCACACACUUGAUCUUUCUGUCACACAUCUGGACAAUUUCUGACUAAAUGAAAUAACAAAUCUAGCAUACAUGUUCUUCAACUAGGCAAGUGCCAAAACUUCAUUCUUGCAUUUGUGUCAAUUUUUUUUAUAGCAUUUUGAAUCCUUCAAGGAUCACAUUGCACACUCUUUUGAUGUUACUCUGGGUCUUUAGAAUGGUGCUUCUUAUUUCAUUAGACUUUGGUAAAAGUUUUUAUUUAUGUGUUAUAUUUUUUUAAUAUCCUAUUUUUCAAACAGAUCUUAUUUUUUUAUUCAGAAGCUUAAUUCUUUCAUCAAGGAGCAACCCUUAUUUCAUGUUGAGACAGGGGCAGAGUUAUGAAUUCUGAAUUAUCUUAAAUAGAUGAGUCUGUUGACA